AACCCUUCAGUAGUUCACCAUGUCUGAUCUGCCGCCUGGCGAUGUCUAUGAAAAUGGUCCAGACAGGAUCAGUAUCGGGGAACCGCAGCAGAGGACCGCCCUCACCACAACAGAUAAAACGGGACAAACCGGUCCUAAAACCGGCGACGCAGCACACCCACCCCAACCCCUACAGACGCAGCAGGACAAGCCAAGCUCGCCGCAGCGAUCCAGUACCACUCGCAGGCAGUCACGUUCAAGCAUCCACUCAUCACACACACGCACACCCUUACCCGCACCGUACCCGUGUGUGGACACAGCAGAAGAGUUGUAUGGCAUGUUGUGGGAAGGAGGUGAUCUGAUGGGCGUGGCGAAUGCUCCGCCUGUGACCAAUAGACAGUUGCUGAAGGCUUUGAGCAGACUGUACUGGAAGCAGGUGGCCUGGGCCUCGACACUGUUUGUUGUGCAGGCCAUCGCCAUUCUAUCGACUCCGAUCUGCGUAUAUAUGAUACUGCUGUGGCACGAGGGAGAGUAUGGUGCAGAGCGUGAGGAUUGGAUAGGGUACACACUGGUGGCUGCUUUUGCGGUGCUGCAACUGUUGGGGUUUGCUGCACUUAAUCAAAUGAAACGCGUUGCUAGGAAUGCCGGCAUCGCUUCUCGUGCGACGUUGGAGGGGGUGCUGUACUCGCGCGUGCUCUUCUCACCCAUCUGUGGCCAUAACAGUCCCACUGGCGGGGAGUUGGCGGCCAUGUUUGGGGCAGACAUGGACGCCAUAUUGCACCUGUGGACCGGAAUUUUGGGCCUUAUUUUCGGUCCGAUCGAGAUUCUUAUCAUUGUAGGGGAGUUGUUCUAUUUCGUCCAAGAGGCUGCUUUAGGGGCCAUCGGAGUGGUUGUGGUUGUCAUGGUGAUCUUCCGUAUAGUCGGUGGUAUCAUGGAGAAGCAUUCAGGACCUCGUGCAAAGCUUUCGGAUGAUCGCUGUCAUAUAGUGCACGAGUAUCUUCAGGGGACUAAGGUGGUCAAGGCAAACGCCUGGGAAGACCAGUUUGCCGCCAAAAUCAGUGCUGUGAGGAAUGAGGAGUCGGCCAAAGCUCAGCUACUCAACCUGCUGAUGGGGGCCCUUAACGUCUCCGGCAACAACUCCAUUGACGUCAUAUCUCUGGCAAUUGUGUCCAUUUACACCCUUGGCAUGGGCAAUGUGCUAGUGUCGUCCAUCACCUUCACCAUCUGGAUUGUACUAGGUAUCCUCCACGGGAAGAUCUUCCAUUUCCCCGGCUAUUUUGAUGAGGCCAUGACUGCCUGGACAUCCAUCACACGUGUGGCGAUGUUCAUCUCUCGGGAGGGCAUUAAAACCGGCUCCACCAAUGAGAACGCAAAGAAACCCGCCGACAUGUUGCUCACGCUGGAUAAUGCAACGUUCGCGUGGCCAGUGGCUAUGGGAGCCAAUCAUAAACGAGAUUAUGUUUCCGAGGUUAGAUUGCAGGAGAAGAAGCAAGGUCUAAAUGAACGAGAGUCUGACAGUGCCGCAGCCGUAGACAUCGACUCAACCGCUGCGAUCUCACCCGUUGGUGCCGCUGUUGGCAAUGGCCGGUCGUCCGUACCAGAUGUGCAUGUCGCAACACCACAGACCAGCGAAGUAUCCAAACGACUGCGACUGAGGCGCAGAAAACCCAAAGCCCAACAGACCGUUCGAUCGUCUGUCUCUUCUCGAGUGGCCACAGUAGACGAUAACGUAGAGACGGUCAUGGAGGGUGCGGAAUCCUCCUCCCCAUUGGGUGCCGUUUCCGAGUACCAAUCAGAUACGGCCGAGGAUUUAGUGGUGUGUCUGAAUGACGUCACUCUGGCUGUACCACGAGGAUGUCUCAUGGCACUCGUCGGCACAGUGGCCAGUGGCAAGUCCAGUCUUCUUCAGG